AUGGCUGGUAAACCUCUACCAGUGGUCGCAGCUGGAUUCGCUGGCGUCAACGCUGGAAUGACCGCCGCUACUUUCUUCGGACUCCGAGAAUUCAUCGUCAGUCCUCUCCUGGUACACAACGCCCCCUGGCGCCAGUACGCCGUCCGGAGGAAAGAACGCGGUAUACCCAAACCAGGCGAUUCAGUGACGCUGGAAGAAAGCUCAGUAGCGGACAUACGGUCCAACAAACUACUCGACACCGGAAUAAGUGGGGCAGUCACUGGUGGACUGAUGCGAGGAUGGAAAUCUGGCCGAAAAGCAAUUAUCCCCGGCGCACUCCUCGCCUCUACGAUCGCCCUAGGCAUCCAAUACGGCUUCAACUACGCAGCAGCUUCCCGUAUCAAAAACCUCGCAGAAGAGAGAACUGCACCCCCACCUGCACCACCCACGCCCGAACAACUAGCGGAAGAGAAACUCAGCUGGCACGUCCGUCUUGGAAACCGGAUAGUGCGGGCUUUCGGUGUAGAACCUAUCAGCGACGAAGAGUUUUUGAGAAGGUUACGGACCGCGAGGAACAAGUACGAGUUGCGGAUAAAGGAGCUGGAGAAGGAGAUAGCGGAGGAGGAAGCGACAAAAUCCGUGGAAUCGCAUUCUUCGUGA